UCUAAAGCCAUAAUUUUGAAGAGUUUUAUGAUGUUUUUGUGAUUACCUUAUUGUUUGUGAGCAUGAAGUGAAUUGAAAUAUUUUAAGUUUUCGAUUCGGACUUCUCGGCACUGAUUCGACGAAUAACAAGAAACAUCCGUAGGUUUUACUUUGUGGUGAAAUGGAACCCAAUCGCUCCGAAAACAAUUCCAACCAGCACCAAAACGUGCACCUUCAUAUGCACCACCUGUGCAACUGCCAAAGUGGCCUGUUCCCGGGGUACUUUCCUACAAUGGGAUUUAGAACUCCUCUGCCGCCCUUCGUCUCGUAUCCCAGCACUUCAGCAAUGAGUAGACCGUACUUGCAGCAUUAUCAAUACACACAGUUUAACGUUGGGGGACAGUACACUGUGCCAGCAAGCACCCCACUUUACUGCCACAACCCGAAUAACAAUGCCAUAGAUGUAAUUUUAAAUGGUAACUCAACGAAAGACAAGGGAGACGAAUUUAAUGACGCAGAAAAGCAGAGCGAUGGUCCCGAAGCCUACGACUGCGGCCCAAUAGCACCUGCAGUUAAAGAUUUGCUCAUAACGGACGCUUCCGAACAGAUAACUCCUGAUAAUUUCGUAAAAUUUUUGGAGAGGGGUUGCCUGACGGCCGAACAAGUGGCCUACAGGAAUCGCAAUCGACCCUGUUUCCGGAAUAUCCAGAAUCUCUGUAUACGCACCAGAACUGAAAUUUUGAAGCCUUGCACCACCAUUUCCAAUAUCCAUUCGCAGGGCAUACCUUGGGCCACCAAAGAUUUUAUUUACGCGUUCGUGAGGCUAACCAAUUGCUGGCAUAUUUUAAAAGGCUAUUGGGAGAACCGGGAAGGCCCCAGUUUGGGUAAAAUAGAAAAGGAACUAACACCUGAAUUUAGAUCGUGUUAUUUGCGAUGGGAGAAGGAAACUAUUGAGCUAGCCGCUCAGCUGACCAGAAUCUUUUACAAUUUGGAUACGAACUUAAACAGCACGAGUUCUGGGGCGAACGUUUAUUCGGCAAAUAACUUGAUACCUCCGCAGGUGGUGAAUUUGACAAAAAGCGGGUCGGAUGCGGCAAUCAGGAAGGCCACCGAGAUUGUAGCGGGCACCAAUGCAGCCGUUAGGGGUGUGUUGCGCUUGCCUCCGAAACAGGCGGCGGUCAGCGAAAUUCCAGACAUGUCCAAGCAGACGGUUUCUACAGAGUUGGGUCCCAACGAUGAAGAAUACGAUUCGGAAGAAGAGCGCACCAAAAAAACGAUUUGCAGGGUGUACAUGAAACCGGGAAGUUACAGCGUGCCAAAACGACCAGAUGGUGGCGACUGUGGGAUGGCCGUAGGCAGCAGUCCGAGGACUAUAGAGUUUUUGGAGACUGCUCAAAACGUGACCAAAGCUAGAGAAAUGGCGAACGACCGAUACUGGACCAAUCGACAUGUCUAUAACGCAAAGAAUUCGCAAGAUAACAGCUUGAUGCUCGAAGAUGGUGAACUCAACGUUAAAGAAGAUGGGUUGGAUCUGACCGAACUGAAGAUUCACGAAUGGCUCAUUAGCAACGACUUUGGGGAACCGUUCAAAUUGCAAAGCGGUCAGCCCGAUCCGCAGAGCAUUUUCAUGGAUAACGUCUACGAUUCUUUGCUCGACGGUAACCAGUUCAGAAUGGAGCAGCAGCGUUCCGAAAAAGGAAACUAUUUGAAGAUAAAUUGCGACGAGAUGAACGCGAAACUUGCCAUUGCGAACGCGCAGGUGGACGACCUGCGCAGAUCGAGGAAACAGAAGCAGAAAGCAGAAACCAGCGUGACGGAUGCGGAAGAGAGGAAAGCUAAUCCGUACGAAAUCAUUGGGGGAGGGUUAACGGGUUUGGGGCGCCACGUGCUGGCCAAUUUGGUGGUGGCGAUAAAGGGUAAUAUGUUGGGUCCUGUGGCCGCCGAAAAAGAGAUCGACUUCAGCAAGAUAUUGAGAAAACUACAAAAUGGCGAUUAUCUAUACGUCAACGAAGUCAUUAGGGACCUGCGCUGUAUCAUUAAAUUGCUGGAGGAAGUGGACGCGAGCACCAGCAUGUGGUUCUCUCAAAAACUGGACCUUCUGUUGGAGGACGUUUUCCCAGCUUACGAUUUUGACGACGUAAAUCUUGACGUUAUCGAAAUAGUCGGUCCAUUAAAAAUCAAAAUAUCCCAAGUUCACAAUAGCGACUGCGACCAACUUAUCUAGGAACAACGUGUUUUUAAACAAUAUGCCUUAAAUUAGAGCAAAAUCGCUGUUACUUUUUUUACUUUUUUUAACAGUGUGCCCUUUCUCAAAAAAAGGUGAGGAAAAAGCACAACU